UAAAAUGGAUUUCACAGUGUUCCUGAGCCCCUUUGCAUCCUCAAUUCUAGACAGCACAUACUCAUGAACCACCUUGCUUCUUGCCCUCGCACCCUCAUACCGUCAUGGUAUUCUUAUUCCAUGACAAUGGAGCCCCUUCAUGUAUUGCACUAUGAAUCGACACUUUGGGGGUGUAAUGAUUAUAUACACCAGAGCGUCUUUCUAUCAUACAUAUGAGGCUAGCUAUUGCUGGGAGAUGCUGGAGUGGUGAGAAAAAAUGAGGAAGUAGAUUUCUCAGGUCUUUCCUUCGCAUUUGAUGAGAGUCCAUUCCACGUUACACGAGGGCGAGAGCUUGAAAGCAUGAGUCUGUUUACCAAUACAACAACGAUGGAUGUGUCUCGAAGCGCUCAUUCUUUAUUUCUGCGCCCUCUUUCUCCCCUCCGCUCUUCUCGUUUUCCUUUCUUCCCAACUACACCCUCCCUCAAUUCAUCAGGAACUGUCUUCUUUCUCAUCUCUUCUCUCUCUUCUAUCUGUCUCUCAAGUGACGAGAAAAGCGUUUUUCGUGCGCGGACAGUCCUGAACAAAGAAUUGAGGAAGAGAAAAUUGCACAGGGACGGAUCAUCUCCUUUAGCUGAUGAAAAGAAUACCUCUGCAUCCAGUCAAAGGAAACAAGAGUCGUAUAGGAACACUUCCGAGGUAGGGCCCCAUCAGUUGUGCAGGGUAGUCACAUAUGAUAAAGUCCAUGCAGCUGCCACCACGUCCGCUGUUUCACAGGGCAUUGCCUAUUGUAUCCCCAUUGGAUUACUGCAGUGUAUACCAAGUGAAAAGCAAAUCUCAGAAGCGGUAUGUUAGGUAGUGCUUUUUCGUCAUCGCGAAGCGCUCUCUCGCCACAAAAGGAGCUGGAGAUCGUCGACAUCUUUCUGGAGAAUGCGCGCCAAAACAAGGAUCGAGAAAUUG